AACUGCCUGGGAUAGGUGGGAAAACGUUUAGGAAAUAUAGGUAGUGCCAAAGCGGAUUUCAGUUGAAUUUAAAAAUAAAUAAAAUAAAAUAUAAGUAAUAAAAUGGACGAGACUAGUAGGAAGAAAUAACCGUAAAUUAAUAUCACACAAGCACAAUGAUUCGGGGAGAAAUUCGUUCUAUAUUCGUUUCUCCUGUAUAAUAUUUUCAUUUUUUUCGAAGCACAAAUUUCGUUUCCAUUUUGCAAUCGACUCAUUGUCUAUAUGUGCGUAAAGUAUAUUUAAUACAGACUUGGAAACAAAACAUAAAAGCAAUAGGAAUGUAUCUUAUCUAGAGAUAAGCGUAAAAUAUGCCAGUGUAGGCUGGACUCGAACGUAAAACUCCAGCAAGGAGGUGUGAAGGUGAAGACGGCGGAAGUGACCUCUGAAGAUGGCUGACGUUGAAAUGGCGACUGAAACAGAAGUAACAACAGUAGACGGUCGGGAAUACCAGCGACAGAGGAGCAAUAGCGAUCCACAACCGGCUAUAGAAGCUUUGAAUGCAUUGAAUGUUCAAAACGCACUCUUUUCAAGAAGGAGAUGGAGCCCCACUAUGGAACGGAGAGUUUUGCAGUCAUAUCUUACACUUCCUCCCCAUCGCCAUUUAGAACCCAAUCGAUAUGGAAAUCUGGUGGCUACAGUUGUUCCUAUCCAGCGGAAUAAGGCCACAAAUUCAUCAACAGGUAAGUUCCUGUUGCAUGUUGCUGUGUGAAACCACAAAAAGUCAAACUUUGAAGAAACACCACUGCAUAAAGCCAAAAGAUAAGAGAAAAAAUGGAGAAAUGAAAUCCAGUUCAUUAGGACCAAAAACACCGCCUCCAGAACGGAAAAGUAAAUUUGCAGCCUUAGGGAAAAUAUUUAAGCCUUGGAAAUGGAAAAAAAAAAAAAAAAGUGAAAACAUUGUUCGGAAAGCUGUAGAUUUAGAGAGAAAAAUAUCUAUGCGUUCUACACGAGAGGAGUUAAUACGAAAAGGAGUUUUAAAAGAAUCUGAUGAUGUACAGGAAAACCAUGUAAAUAAAUUAUUAGAUUCAGUGACAGAGACAGAAGAAGUAGGUGCUUCGUCGUCGUCGUCAGGUGAUUGUGAGCUAGCAGUGGCUAAUCUCAGUAUCUCCACCAGCAGAUGUGGGGACACCGUUGUCACUACAGAUAGCCAUUCCUCUUCAGACCUAGCUAUAAGCCCCCAGGUGGUGCAGACUUCACCUUUGCCUACCACUUCUUCUUCUUCAUAUUCCCAAACCACUGAGAGCAUGGCUGCUGUAUCAACGGUGACUGUGCACAGUUUCCAUGGUGUUCAGUCAUCAAAUUAUGGUACUCAAGAUGUGAUUACUGGUCUGCCUUCAUUCCCCACAGACAAUAAUAAUGCUGUUGCCCUUAAUACAGAUAUUAUUUCUUCUUCCAACAAUCCCAUACCAGUUGUGACUGCUGCACAGGUCCGUCCCGUUGUGAUUUCCAUGUAUCCACGGACAAAAGAACCUCCUGAUCAUUCUAAUGAUACUAUUGAUAGAGGCUUAACUGGUGACAGUAUGAGACCACAGCAUCUUCAGAUAGAACUUGAUUCUCAUGAUCAUUCAUAUUCAGGAGAGAGCUGCCAAAAUGAGCGUAACAAUAUGAGGUCUCGGAAAGACAAUGAAAGAUAUGAGGGUCAUGGCAUUUUUAGAUGCCAUCCAAAAGACUACGACAGGGAUGAAAACAGUGCUGAAAGUCCACCAGCAGAUGACUACGAUAAUUUAACAGGAGCAGAAACAUUUGAGUCUAUACCAGCAUGUGAGCCCAACUUAAAUCUUAUACCCAAAAAAAGUGCUCUGAAAAGGAAUUUUGGUGGUGGUAAUGACCCGACUCUGCAGUCUCCUACAGCGCGUUGCAAUCAGCUCCCUAGUGUGGGAAUCCCGUUAGCAAUACAUCAACACUUUCAACAGCAUCAUCAUCGACAUACUCACCUGCCAUCAAAAGUGGGUUUCAGUGAAAGGCCUGUUCAGAUAAUACCCACAACUAUUCAUACACCACAGUCCAAUUCAUCCAAUAAGAUUCCACGACCAAAACUCAGGAUUAAAGUUUCUGGUAAUGAUAGUGACAAGGAGAAUCUUCCAGCUGAUACUUACUACCCUGACUACGACAAUUUGCCAGGAGAUGAUGGUGAUAGUGAGCAUGACGACGAUAAUGAAGAUGAUGACGAUUACUCUUCAGAUGAGGAAGAUAUUAAUUACAUAGAUAAAGAUCCAAAAUUAAUCCACCUAAUAGGGUUGUUUUUCAAAGCGAUUUCUUGGGGAAGAAGAAGCUUUGCAUGUACAGAGUCAAGGAAUAACUCUUUAGGUGCCAAAGUCGCUCGACAUGACAGCCUUGCUCGAUUCUUGAACAAUCGUCCAUCUCGACGAGAACUUGUUGAGAAAAAUAUCAUUCCGAUUAAAACAGAGAAGGAGAAACAGGAAGACCGAGAGGCAAUUGGUACCAAACUGACAAGACGUUUAAGUUUGAGGCCAACACCUGAAGAACUUGAGCAAAGAAAUAUUUUACACAAUAAAUCAGCAGAAGAAGCUAAACAAGAAAAGGAAGAAAAGAAACGAUACCUCAUUCGGAAGCUAAGUUUCCGACCUAGCAUAGAUGAAUUAAAGGAGAGAAAAAUUAUAAAAUUUAAUGACUAUGUGGAGGUGACUGAAGCUCAAGAUUAUGACCGGCGGGCUGACAAACCUUGGACCCGGUUGACCCCGAAGGAUAAGGCUGCCAUCCGAAAGGAAUUAAAUGAAUACAAAAGUAAAGAAAUGGAAGUCCACGAAGAUAGUCGACAUUUAACAAGGUUUCAUCGGCCAUGAAUUUAAUGACCUCAAAUCUAGCAAAGCUUCCCGAUACAAGCCUGGUCAGUGCCAAUCUACCCAAGAGAGAAGCAGGUCUUCAAUGGGGUACUGCCAACUGCUUGUUUCUUUCAGCUCCCAUUGGAAAACAAUGGCGAGUUAUACCUCUAAUGGGGCACAUUGCAACCGCAGGAGGGUCUCCUUGGUUUUUAACUCUCUCUCUCUGACUUUUCUUCUUUACAGAGGUCUGUUUGACUGGACUGCCUCGGCAUUCUUCCAAGAACUCAAUAUCUCAAACAUUUUAAACAGAGCUCAAUCAACACCUUCUCUCUUUUUCUUAAGCUGCCCACUGCCUUCCUCCAGUUCUUUGUAAUCCAACUUUUCCUUUAGUUCAUCAUUGGGUUCAGCUACAAUUAUCAAUAUUUCAUGCUUCAGCUAUUUGGUCAUUCUGAUGAUGAAAUUGUGAUCACCUAAAUCUCUCCAUAAAACAGAUUUGUACUAUAUCUAUCACUGAAACAAUAUCCAACCCCACUUUAUCCCCCACCCUUACCAGAAAUGCCACUCCAGUCUCAUUUCUUCCUCUUUUUUUUUUCCUACUCUCCAAAUCUUAUAUUUAACAGAAACUGAUUUUAAAAACUAAAUCCCAAAUAAAAUCACAAAAUAUUUAGAAGUAAACACAUUAAAACAAAAACUAAGAAAGUUAACUUCCCAAUUAUUGCCAAUUUUUUCACUGAACAAUUCCUCAACACUUUGGUUGUCUAAUUUGAUAGAAGAAAUAUACCAAGUAUAUUUUUAAAAAUAAGGUGAGAAAUGUAAGUAAUAAAUCAAACCAUUUCAUUUCACUCUCUGUUAGCAUUUAUGCUGAUGAGACAAAGAACCCCUAAGUUCUUUGCGUGUGUAUGUGUGUUUGUUGUACUCUGUUUACCGAUGAGGCAAAUGGAAUUAAGUGAAAGGGGAAGGUUCAAAAAUAACGUGCCUCGAGACAAACAUUUCAAAUUAUUUUCUGACAAAACAAUCAAGAGCGAAAAGGAAAAUUCUACACGAAGAAUCAGUUAUUGUUUGCUGUUAAGAAUGGCUCUAGUAUCAUUGUAACCAUUGGGCAAGAUACCUUUUCAAUUUUAUGUCAUUAUUUUUAUUAAUAAUAGUAAUAAUAAUAUUAUUAUUAUUAUUCAUUGUAAAAUAGAUUUAGUAUUGUUUUUUCUUUCUAAACAUCUAAAGGUACCCUUGCCUGUUCUUUCUCUCCAAAUGUUUGAAAGGAGAAGUGAUAAUGAAAAAUGUUGUGCCAAUCAAAGCACUGAUUACUCUACAGAUUGCUGCUCAUAGCAGUACUAAUUUACUAACUCACUCAGCUAUCAUCUUCCCUAUUGCUGCUCUUCUUUCUUAUCUUUGUUAUAUUUGUGCAGCAAGCAGAGGUGGCCCUCAGUGACCUUCCCCCAGCCUGCUGCACUAAUGUUAUGAUUUAUUUGGAAUGCAAAAAACAGUCCACUAAUUUUAUUGUUAUUGCUGCAUACAAAUUUUAAAAAUAAUUUUUUAAAUCUUUUUUUUUUUUUGUCAAAAUUAAAGGAAAUUAAAAGAGAAUUAUUUUUAACUAAAAGUUAAUUUCAUUCCUGUGAUUUUUCUAACCUGGAAGAUUUGGAAGGUGAAUCUUUAAAAUCCAUUUUGUCCUUCCACUCUGCUCCCUUAGGACAACAGAUAAACACCCUUGCCUUGCAAACCAUUUUUGAUAAAUUUGUAUGAGUCAGGUGUCCUUUAAAGAAUAACACUUUGAAGAAAACAGUGUGAUGUGUUGAUGAAAGGGAGAAUAUUAUUCUGCCUACCACCUCACCAGGAGUCUCGCUUUUUCUCGAAAUAAACCCAGGCAGCCUUCAUCAUGGAAUAUAUAUCUCUCCUUCCUCCUUUUCCCUCCAUUCCCUUUUUCCUAUACCAAAAAAAGGUAUAGAAACUCAUUAAUUUGUCUUUAGUUUAAUUGACAACUAAUUUCCUACUAUGUGAAGAGGAGUUUUCCGAGAGAUCUAAGUUAGAUGAAAAUGCUGUUAACAUUGUUUUUGUUAUUGUUAUUUCUUAAAUGGGAGAGGCUGUGAUAUGCAGUUGUUGAAUAAAUUAUAUAUGUAUGUGUGUAUAUAUACAUACAUAUAUAUGUAUGUAUAUAUGCAUGUAUACACACAUAUAUAUCUAUGUAUGUAUACACACAUAUAUACAUGUAUAUCGUUAACAAAAUGUUCAGUCCUCAUUCCAUUAGAUUGUUAAACACUUAUUGAGAUAAAAUUGCAGGAAACAAAAAAUAUUAGAUUUUACUCGUUUUUAAAUAAUUUUAUUUUAACAUUUAAUCCUAAGGGCCAUAAAUUAAUCCUUUUAAAUUUUGUAAGACAAAUAUUUCAUUAAAAUAACUAAGUAAAACAAAAAAAUUUACUAAGGGAUAUACCACUACUGUCUUGGAGCUUGUGUGCAUGUAUGUGUGACAGCUAUUACACUUUUAGUGUGUGUGUAAAUGAAAUUGUGAGGUGUGUGCACAGGCAUGGAGGUGCUGUAUGGAUGUUUAUUGCAACUCAUGCCCCAAUUAUCGUCUCUCUGUAUGUUUGCACAUAUAUAAAAAUAGAGGGAGAAAGUGUAUGUGUCAAGAUCUGGUUGCUUACACAGCUCUCUAUAUUUUACAUAUGUAAAUACAUUGUUAUAUAAUUAUAUAUAUUAUUAUACAUUUUUUCCCCCAUUAACAACAAUCAGACAAACCUGAUCAGAUGCUCUCAGUUUAAUUAGUUAAAGCAAAAAUGCCAUUCUCUCUAAAAAAAAAAAACUUUUGUUAUUCCUCUUAAAUUUUAUUUAAUUUGACAGACAAGCUGUUAUAGUUUAUUUGAAAACCCGUUGUAUUUUUGUUCUUAACUGGUGGGGGGUACCAUCUCUCUCUCAAAUUUUUGGCAGCAAAAUGUCCGUUAAAGACAAAUGGUACUCAAGUUUCUCUCUUUUCUUUUUUAUUAUUAGAAAUUGACUUUUGGGAGGGAAAAAAAUUAAUAGCAGAAAAAGAGGAUGGAGAUAAUUUGAAGAAGUGAUUUCAAAGUUGAAAUAAACAUGUCAUGCUGUACCAAUUA